GGUACCGCGCAGCGAAGAACAUGGAGCUGUUCAAUGGCAAUACAGUGUGCAUUAUUUCUUUCUUGGGCAUUCCUAAGGAUUUGCAAUUGUCGUAGAAAGAUAUAAAUUGAGUACUUCGAGGAAUAAGGAUCAGUUUUCGCUAGAACUACCUACUAUUAGCUGAAGACAACCUCGAUUGUUUUCGACGAUAAAUUCCCCCAAAUUUCAGCAUUAAUUAUUAACCAGUGUCAACAUGUUCAGGCGUGUCCUAUCAUCAACUGCCACCGGCCUCAACGUCAUUGGCAGGAAUGGUUUUAGAAACAGAGUCCCCAUCACUUCCAAGGCUGGUGUUGCCACGGCGGGUCCAGUGCAUCGGGGUGAAAUUGUGGAUGAAAUGCGAGACUAUCGUAUUGUCGACGACGUAAUUGGCGCGAUCAAUCGGCAGAUAACUGAAGACACGUACAGUAGAUUAUUUGCGGUAGUCUUUAUUAAUGGUAAACAAUUCAAGGUAACAGCUGAAGAUAUGAUCGCUAUACAAGCCCAUUUGCCGGUCGAAAUUGGCGAAACUAUUUCGCUAGAGAAAAUACUGCUGGUUGGUGGCACCGACUUCUCCAUUAUUGGCAGGCCACUCAUUGACAAAACGAUGGUUCGGGUGCUGGCGACCGUGGUAGAGAAAACGUUGAAUUACGAGUACAGGAGGUUUUUGCACAUUCAACGGACUCGUCUUCAUCGUUCAUACUUCUUUCGAGAUAAAUACAUGGUGCUAAGGAUCAAUGGAAUACAAUUACUUAAGACGAUCGACCCGUAAGAAAAAAUAGUAUUGUAUUUUGGGGCAUUACUUGUGGUGUACAUGUUAGAGCAAUGUUUGAAAAAAACUAGAAAGUUGGACUAUAGACUAUAGACUAGCUAUAGAAAUACAUUUCGCUCGACUAUUUGUUAAUUAAUAAAAAUGCUUGCAUGAACAUUAUUUUCAGCCCGUUCAAAAUAUGAAUAACAAUAGCCGAAAAAAUGUGUGGUUAAAUUUUUUAUAGAGGUACAUAGAAUAAAAGAAUAUAUUUGACAAAGCGAUGCUUUUUUGGAAUUU